CGCCUCCCUGGAGGCCAACACCGCCUCCGUGACCGUGAACGGCGCACUCCUGCGGGACUAUGCCCGCUCCAUGGGGAACGUCGGCCUGAGGGAGGACGUGUACGACAGGCUCUACACGGCGAUGCUGUCGCAGGCGCAAGCGACGCCAGGGCGGCUGGUCAGCGCGGCGGGCGCCCCACCCGCGGCCCAGUCGGCCAUGCGCAGCCUUGGCUUCGCGGCCAGCUUCGCCCGCGUGGGCGCGGAUUGGAGCCCAGGCGACGGCGCCACAGGCGCCGUCUUCCUCGACGUGUACGCCCCGCAGAACCGGCCGAUGUGCAGCCGCAACGUCCCCUCUGAUCCGACGUUGCGAAAGAGUUGCAGCACAGCGAAGGAUCGCGACAGGAGCCCCAUGCACCCCACCUUUCUGCGCCACUUUUUGAGCCAGAUCGAUCUCUGAUGGUCCCCGGGCCCGAAGCCGGGCGAAAAGUUCCAGCGCAAGGUGCAACGUUUGGACCCCACAAGGUCGGCUUGCUGUACCUGGAGGCGCCCUGCGGCGCCGUGGAGUGGGGCGCCGGGCGGUGGCAGGUCGGGGGCCACAGGCCGACGCUCACCGACCGCGGGGCCUUCCUGCGGGCCGUGGAGGGCGCCGCGGCCAACGCCCUGCUGGCGGUCCGCGAGUACAACCGCGCCGCCGCGGGCUCGCCGCUGCCGCGCGUCGAGGUGCUGCAGUUCUGCCUCAUCUCCGCGGGGCCCCAGCGGCACCCCGACGCCUCGCGGCUCGACGUCGCCGCGGCCCUGGUCCGCGGCCUGGCCGCGGGCGCCGCGGGCGCGGGCGCGGCCGAGGACCUGCCCCUCGUGCGCCUGGCCCACGACCCCGAGGGCGCCCUCCAGCGGGCGGCGGAGGCCCUCGGAGGGCCGGCGGCCGCCCCUUGA